CAACAUGUCGUGGCAGGCGGCCGCGCUGGCGCUACUGGUGCUGCAGGUCUCCUGCAAGGAGCUGACGGAGCCCGCAAACGACCAGGGCCUGCCGCAAGCUCAGGACCCCAACUUCAGCGACGGCGAUGUCACUACGUAUGACGACUACGAGACUGAAGCGGAUUUGGGAGACUUCCGAGGAUUAGGAACAGGACCUACCCGAAGACCUGUGUCCAUAGGAGUUAGAGGUGAACAGACAGGAUACCCUAGAGUGAAAGUCAGCGUGCGCCAACUGAGGCUUGCCAGGGGACAAAGCAGGACAGUAGACUGCACCCCCGAGGGCUACCCUCUGCCGGUUAUCCAGUGGACCAAGGAAGGUGGUGGGCUCAGCCAACGAACCAGGCAAAGCGGCAAUCUGCUGAUUAUAUCUAACGCCCAAGACGAAGACCGGGGAAACUAUGUGUGCUCUGGACUUGUGGACGGAAAUUCCAUAAAUACCGAUUAUCUUACCGUCGAUAUUGUAGGCGGCGAUACAAGUCCGCGUUGCAUCGACCAAGGACGCUCGUGGGGCGAGGGCGAGACCUGGAGCCCCAACAACUGCACGCUCUGCCAGUGCUUCGGCGGCCGCACCAACUGCUCCGUGCUGCCUGCCUGUCUUACAGGGGAACAAGCGGGGCCCUCUAGAGUUAGAAUUAGUGAGCGACAGCUGAGAAUAGCGAGAGGACAAAGCCGGACUGUUGACUGCUCUCCUGAGGGAUUCCCUGUGCCGAUCAUCCAGUGGAGCAAGGAAGGGGGCGUAUUCGGAAAAGGAACAAGACAAAGCGGAAAUACGUUGGUAAUAACUGAGGCUCACGAUGAUGACCGCGGAACUUACGUGUGCUCCGGGGUCGUGGCGGGAAGAGCCGUCGGCAGCGAGUACCUCACUCUUGAAAUAGUAGGAGGUCACGGUCAUGCGGCUGUAGUGGGUACAUCUGUCCGCGGCGUGCCUGGAUCAGCCGGUGAGGAGGGCCCCCCGGGGCCGCCCGGCGCCCCCGGCGUCAACGGCGUCCCCGGCGCGCCCGGCCUGCCCGGCUCCACCGGCCCCCUGCCAGAUGUGAAUGAUCACCUGAGACGACAAGUUGCAAGUAACGGAGAUAAAGGACCCCCAUUCGACCCAUAUAACUAUAUGCAAGCUUCAGUAGGCGCUCCGGGCAUCAGAGGCAUACAAGGACCACCAGGGCCACCUGGACCGCAAGGUUUUCAGGGACCGCGAGGCGAGCCUGGAGAACCGGGUUUGCCCGGACAGCAAGGACCCCCGGGUGAAAGAGGACCCCAAGGGUUAGCUGGAAAAGAUGGAGCUCCGGGCGACGACGGUGAACCCGGGCCGGCGGGAGCGGCGGGACAGACCGGCCCGCGCGGCGCCCCGGGCUUGCCCGGCAUCCAGGGCCUGAAGGGCCACCGCGGCUUCGACGGCAAGGACGGUGCCAAGGGCGACCAGGGACCUGCUGGAGAAAAGGGGCCGACCGGCCAGUCUGGAGUGAUGGGACCACCGGGACCUGUGGGCCCGAUGGGACCCCGUGGAGAGAGAGGUCGCGAAGGCUCCCCGGGAGCGCCCGGCAUGCGCGGCGUCGACGGUGUGGCGGGAUCGCCAGGACCUGUGGGCAACGUGGGAAAACCCGGUUCUCCAGGAUUUCCAGGGGCACCAGGGCUAAAGGGCGAGCAAGGCGCAGUUGGCCCCCAGGGCAGCCAAGGCAUGCAAGGUCCUAGGGGAGAAUCAGGUCGGCCAGGGCAACCAGGAGAAGCCGGUCCGCAGGGGCUCGCUGGUCGCGACGGUGUCCCUGGGGAGAAGGGCGUGGCCGGACAAUCAGGAAAUGCGGGGCCUCAAGGCUUCCCUGGCCCCAGAGGCUUACCCGGUGUAGCUGGUGACCCAGGAAUUCAUGGCGCUAAGGGAGAACCGGGUCAAAUUGGAGAAAGAGGUAUGAGAGGUGAAUCAGGCAUCAGAGGAGAGCCAGGUGCUCCAGGACCACGUGGUCUUCCUGGGAGUGUAGGACCUGAGGGCAAACGCGGCAAGCGAGGACUCAGGGGACCUGCUGGCAACAUCGGACCUCAAGGAGACAGAGGUCAACCAGGGUUGAGAGGGUUGCCCGGUCCUGAUGGCCCGAUUGGAGCUAGAGGCCAACCAGGUGAAAGAGGAAAUGUUGGAUUACCUGGUGAGAAAGGUAUUACAGGUGAUGCUGGAAGACCUGGCCCUCAAGGAUUGCAAGGUCCUAGAGGUGUAGUAGGGCGACCAGGAAUAUCCGGCAAACAAGGGCCGCCUGGAGAUCGUGGUAUACCUGGAGCAGAUGGUAGACCCGGAGAAAUGGGACCUCAAGGCUUACAAGGAACACCUGGACCCAUGGGGAGCCCUGGCGAACGAGGAUUGCAAGGCGAGUCCGGAAAAGAUGGAGAGAUGGGCCAGCCUGGUCCUGAAGGCCGGAAGGGUGAUGCAGGACGGGACGGUAGCCCUGGCAUCCAGGGUGCACAGGGUCUCCCGGGUCCCGCUGGUGAAAGAGGAUCGGCUGGGCCUUCGGGACCAACAGGUUUCCCUGGUAUGCCGGGAGCUGCCGGAUUACCCGGAUCAUCGGGCAAAGACGGCGAGCCCGGCGUGGCGGGGCCGGCGGGCCCACCGGGGCCGGCCGGGCCGCGGGGCGAGCGAGGCUUCAACGGCGACCGCGGCCUCCCGGGGCAGGCGGGCGCGUCCGGCGAGAAGGGCGACGUGGGAUCGCAAGGACCUGAUGGACCCGCGGGUCCGGAAGGUCCGAGAGGCAGCAAAGGUCAACAAGGACACCCCGGAGCUUUGGGCUUGCCGGGACCAAGAGGACCCACUGGAGCCUCAGGAGAAAAAGGCGAACGUGGUUCACCGGGCCCCGCGGGUAAUGAUGGACCUACCGGACGUCAAGGAGAACAAGGUCCUCAAGGACCUGUGGGCCCGGCCGGGCCCCCUGGUGAGCCGGCCGAGAGAGGCGAGCCCGGUACGCCCGGCACACCCGGUGAAGCCGGCGCCAACGGCUCGCCCGGUGAGCGCGGGCAGCCCGGCCUGCAGGGCGCGCAAGGCUUGCCCGGGUCGCCCGGCCUCACGGGCAUGCCCGGCAUCAAGGGCGACCGGGGCUACAGCGGACCCAAGGGCCAACAAGGUGCUCCUGGCAGCCCAGGCAUUGUUGGAGAACCCGGCCUGCGAGGUGUUCCGGGCUUAGCGGGCGCUAAGGGGUCACGGGGCGAGCAUGGCCUUAAAGGAGAAUCAGGGCAUCCUGGUCUGCCGGGAAGACCCGGUGACCUUGGACCGCAGGGUCCUCAAGGAAGCCCUGGAUCGGCGGGAACACCCGGUCUUGCCGGACCAAAAGGAGCAACCGGAGAUUCUGGCAGAUCAGGCGCCCCGGGGUCCCAAGGGCUCACGGGUCCUCAGGGUCCAGAAGGCGUCAAAGGCGAGAGAGGCAGCGAGGGCGAGACCGGACCCCAAGGUCCCGCGGGAUCUGCGGGGCCGCCCGGAGAGAGGGGACCAAGUGGCUUGCCAGGGAUGGCAGGACAGCCCGGACCUCAAGGAUUACGCGGAGCGCAGGGUGAAAGCGGAACCCCGGGCAAACCAGGUGCUGACGGUGCUCCAGGUCCAAUAGGGGCUUCAGGACUGCAAGGCCCACCCGGUCCCAUGGGAGAGCAAGGGCCGGAGGGACGUCCCGGAAAGCUAGGGCAACCGGGCAUCCCUGGCAGGCCUGGAGACAAGGGGCCGGCCGGGCAGCCGGGUAUUUCUGGAUCUCCCGGUACACCUGGAUUACAGGGUUCUCCGGGACAAGCUGGACCUCCUGGUCCGACGGGUGAACGCGGACAACGCGGUGAAGCUGGUCCCGCCGGCGUGGACGGGCCUCGAGGGCCAGCCGGCAAGCAGGGAGCUCCUGGCCUCGACGGCGCUAAAGGAGAGAGGGGCGAAGCUGGAUUAGAUGGAGCCAAAGGGCACGCCGGCCUCCCAGGCCUGCCAGGAAUGGUCGGUGCGCCGGGACGCGUGGGAGAACGAGGCCUGCCUGGACCGACGGGACCGCCAGGAAAAGACGGGGAUUCUGGCCCUAGAGGCACUCCCGGGCGCGACGGUGCUCCUGGCCCUCAAGGACCGGCGGGCCCGCCCGGAGGCCGAGGACCCGCAGGAGAACCCGGACGACACGGGCCUCCUGGACCGGCCGGGCCGCCGGGCCCUCCCGGACCCGCCGGCGAAGGCCUUGCUUACGACGCUGCUGCUCUUGCUGCAAUGAUGCAACAAGGUUCAAUUAAAGGCCCCGACCCACUUAACGACGAUCCCAGCAUGCUGCCAUCGCGUUUCUUCAAGGACGACAUGACGGCCGCAGAGCGCAAAGAAAUAGUGACUAAGGCGUACGAACGUCUGAAGGUGUCCUUGGACAAAUUCCUGAAGCCAGACGGCUCGCAAGACGCGCCCGGCAAGACCUGUGGGGACAUCAAAUAUCAUCACCCCGGAUUUAAGAGUGGUCAGUACUGGAUCGACCCGAACGGCGGCGACAUCAACGACGCCAUCCUGGUGCACUGCGACAUGGACACGGGAAGCAGCUGCAUCUACCCCAAGCCGAUGGAGUCCAAGGACAUCUCCUACAAGGGCAAGGAGAAAGAGAUCUGGCUCAGCGAGCUGGAAGAUGGUUUCACUAUAAAUUACAAAGCGGACCACAGCCAGCUGACGUACCUGCAGCUGCUGUCGGGCCGCGCCGCGCAGAACGUGACGCUGCACUGCCGCAACACUGUCGGCUACUACGACCCUGAGGCGCACCAUCACCGCCGCGGACUUAAGCUGCUCGCCUACAACGAUGCCGAGAUUCUUCCCCGCGCCAACAACCGCCUGCGGUACUCGGCAGUGCUGGAUGACUGCCAGUACAAGUCGCAAGAAUGGGCGAAGACCAUCGUGGAGUACUCAACAGACAAGUCCGGGCGGCUGCCGCUGCUGGACGUGGCGGUGCGCGACCUGGGCCGCGGCCAGCAGGCCUUCCGCGUCGAACUCGGGCUGGCCUGCUUCACGUAGCGAUGAAGAUGCUACUCCAAAUUACGC